AUGGCUUCACCGGCAAAGAAAUGGCCCUCGAGAGAAGGAUUCACGGCCGAUGUCGUAUCCCACAUACUCCACCACACCCUCCUCAGUCCCUGGAAGAUAGUCCCCCUCCUAGCCUUGGCUCAAUACACCACCAGAGGUCGUGAACUCCUCGAAUCUCGACCCCACCUCCUCAAAGCACUGAAAGCAUUCGCCUCGAUCGCAGUAAUCAGCCGCGUAAGCGCCUGGCUCGACCGCCGCGCAAUCAACAACGGCGUCACAGACCACUACGACUGGAACCGCGAAGUCAUAGUCCUAACCGGCGGUAGCGGCGGAAUCGGCCAACGCAUCGCCCAACUCCUCGGCUCCCGAGGCAUCAAAGUCGCCAUCCUAGACAUCACACCGCCAACAAACCCGCUCCCAAAUAGCGUCCGCUUCUACGAAUGCAACAUCAGCUCACCCCCAGCCAUCGCUGAAGCAGCGACCAAAAUCCGCGCCUCCUUCGGCCGCCCAACAAUCCUAAUCAACAACGCCGGCAUCCUCACCGGCAAAACCAUCCUCGCCACAACAGAAGCUACAACCCGUCGCAUGUUCGACGUCAACACCCUCUCGCACUACUGGCUCGCCCAGGAGUUCCUCCCUGACAUGAUAUCCUCCAACCACGGGAUGAUCGUCACCGUCGCCUCGCAGGCCGGAUACACAGUCACACCCAAUAUGGUGGAUUACUCCGCGUCCAAGGCGGCGGCGAUCGCGUUCCACGAGGGUCUGGCCGCGGAAUUGGUGACGAGGUACCAGGCGCCGAGGGUGCGGACUGUCCUUGUGACGCAGGGAUUUACGCGGACGGCGCUGAUUGCCAAUUUGACGCCUGAGGAUACUUUUGUUAAUCCGUUGUUGUGGCCGGAGACCGUGGCGGAGAGGAUUGUGGAGCAGGUUUUGAGUGGGGAGAGUGGGCAUGUGCUUAUUCCGGGGGCUGCGGGGAGUAUUGCGCAAAGGUUGAGGGGGUAUCCGCUUUGGUUUCAGCAUUCAUUGAGAUGUCGGUUGGAGAGGUUGAUGAGGGCUGAGUAG